AUGUAUUAUUUUCAGGAUUCACUUGGAGGAAAUGCAAAGACUGUGAUGAUCUGUUGCAUAAGUCCCUCAUCUUCAGACUUUGAUGAAAGCCUUAAUGCGCUGAAAUAUGCACAAAGGGCCAGAAAGAUCAAGAACAAACCUGUGGUGAAUGUGGAUGUACAUGCCGCCCAGCUAGAAGAGCUACGCUGCGAGGUGCGGUCGCUACGGCAACAGUUGAAUGACAACACGCAUGCGCUUCCAGGAUCACAGAUGUCACGAGAAAUCAGUGAUGUGACCAGUAAGCAAUCAAGCAACAAUACAGAUAGUCUUCCAGAGCAGCAUCUGCUUCUAACAAGGUGUCUUAAUGAGGCCAGAGAGAUACUAUUCAGUGUUCAUGCAUCACCUGUGUCAAGUUCUGUUAAAUUCUGCAUCCAGCAGUGGCUCAACUUAAUAAACCAGCUUCAGUUGUUUGAGACCACAGAUGACGUAACCUGCAAGCAAGCAUGCACUGAUGUUUUGAGUGAUGGUGACUGUGUGAGAAAUGCCGCUAACCUUGAACAUCACUCAUACUCUGCACGCGAACAAACGUCGCACACACAGCGGCUUCUACAGCUUCAGCAGGCAAUCAAAGUUCUGGAGAGAGAGUGUGAAAAGCUACUGACGUCGCUGGAGAAGGUCAACAUGGAGAAGGAGGGCCAGACGGAGCAGUUUCUUUCUCAGUUUCUCUGCAUACAGAACCUCAUUAACUCCAUACUGGUGCAUGGAGAUUUGAAGGCAGAAGAGGAGAGUACUGUGGGUUCUACCUGCCUCACCGUAAACAGUGUGAUGUCGUCAUUUUACGCACGCAACAAACUCCUGAUGUCACAGCUAGAGGAGGCUGAUAUGGUGGUCACUUCUGCGUGCGACAAUUCACAAGACGGUGUCGAUGAUUCUCGAACCAGGUCAUCUUUAAGUUCUACAAGAACGCUGCCGAACCCCACUGUUCUUAACAUAGAUGACAUGAGAACAAGUCAGGUGGCUGGAGAAAUGUCUGAGAGGAUCGGUAUGGUGGAGUCGGUGGCCGGGCCUGUGGAUGAUGACCAGGGGUCGGUGUGUCGGUCCGGUGAGGUCAGGUCACUGAGAGGGUCCGGUAAGGUCUGCUGUGAGGAUGCCACGACCACACCUGUCCCCAACCAGCUUCGUCUGUCUAUGCUCUCAGAGAAACAGCUCCAACAGAAGUUUAGAGAUCUGACCAUUAACAUUAGGAUGAAGGAGCAGUUGAUAGGGGAGCUUGAUAGGCAAGCCAACGACACGGAAGCCAUUAACGAGCAGUAUGAAGCGAGAAUAACAGCACUAGAGGGCGAGGCGGAGAGGACUCGGGUUGAGGUAGCGCGCAGCUCGGCGACGCGGGGAGAGGGGGAGGGACCGAGCGAGGCCGUGGAGCGAUACAGGAGGCUUCGCGAGCGCGUGCAGGAGAUGAAGAAUCUCAGCUUCCUCGCCAAGCAUCACCGCAGCCGACUGGCUGGCCUGCAGAACACUGUGUCGUCAAUGAAGGAGCAGCGCGAGGAACUCAAAGAACUUCUGCACCAGCACAGACAAGGACAGCUCUCCCUCGAGAGUGAUGUGCUGAGCACUCGUAGCCAGACAUUCGAGCAGGAAGAAGGAAUAAGGAUCAGGAGCACAGAUGAAAUCCUGUGUGCCAGCACACUGGGCAUGGACGACGGCGACUUGACUAGAGCUGUGGAGAGGACGUGGUUAGAUGUAGAAGCCGAAAAAAUUCUGGCGCAGAGGCAAAUGUUGAAUCACCUAAAUGAAGAGUUGAAGAGAAGAGAGGAGAUCAUUGCCAAAAGAGAAGCUCUGUUAGAAGAGAAAGCUGCAUUAGAGCUGAAAAAGAUGCGUCAGAGUCGAAUCUUGCACGAGCAAUCGUCGACAACGAGACUCACGCGUGCAGACGAAGACCAAAGUGACACUAGGUGGCAGCACCGCUGUAGUAGCGCACCGGCGCUAGCUGAGGGCAGACAUGCCAGUCGGGCGGAACUAUUUCGCGCGCAGAAAGAUGGCGAGCAGGAGGAGCAGGCGAUGCAUGAGGAUUGGUCAGCCGGUCUGUCAGCGUUCGAGGAGCGACGGUAGGAUGAUG